UCCGUGCCUACACCCAGCCGGAUCUGAUCUGCUGACGUGUCGGCUCCUUCAGCUCGCAGUGCUUCAUGCUCCAGCAGCAGAGAGAAGCCAGUCCCCAGAAACUGCCAGCAUGGCAGCAAAAUACUUCUACCGACAGGGCCUUUUACUACUUUUAUUUAAUUUUAUUUCAACUGCAGCCUUGGAAAAAAGGUUCUCCGACUUUAAAAGAUGCGCCGAUGAGGAGUGCAGCAUGCUUCUUUGUCGGGGAAAAGCUAUAAAAGAUUUCUCUGGACCAGACUGUCGGUUCCUGUCAGUCCAAAAAUCUGAAACUGUCUAUGUAUACUACAAACUGUCAGGCAGAAGGACUGACGUAUGGGCCGGAAGUGUUGGAAGUCACUUUGGCUAUUUCCCGAAUGACAUCCUUGCAGUUAACCACCUUUAUACAGACAAAGAAAUUGAAGUUCCAGCAGAGGAAACAGAUUUUGUCUGUUUUGACACUGGAUUUGAUAAGUUUGACAAUUACGACAUAGAUUUACUGUUAGACUCUUCACUGGAAGAAAAUAAUGGUGAAAAUAAUGGUGAAAAUAAGGGAACAUCUGAGCAAAUCCAAGUGGCAGAGGGCGUGCAGAAAGAAACGCAGCCAUCAGCAGACGAGGCAACUGACAGUGGAAAACAAACUGAGCAUCAUUAUACCUCUGAGGAUCUUGAUAAAGUCCCAGAUGAUGAAAGUGCCUCUUUACCUGAACUUGACAUGGCAGCUGAAUCACCUUCUACAAAAGAAGUAGAGAUGGAUACAGAAGCUACACCUGAUGCUACUGAGAGAGCUGCAGAGGACGGAGGAGUUGAGAAAAACCCAGUGGAGGGCAACAGUGAUGUCGUUCCAGAAAACGAACCAGUCUCCAUUACUGAAGGAAUGCAAAUCCCUGUGUUAAAAACUACACUUGGUACAACUUUUGAUGCUGUCACUAGCGAUGACGAAUUCACAAAGAAUGUUACCCCAUAUGAAGAGGAGGAAAGCGAAUAUGUGGAGAAUCAUCCUGUGGAAGACAUUAAUGAUAAAGCAGCAGAAACUCCAUUGCUGUCUUUUGCUGAAUCCCUCAAAAAGCAAGCUAGUCCUCCAACACCACACAAUGAGAAGGUUGCAGAGGAGAAGAACAUGUGGACAUCAUUUGGAGAUGCUGUUUUUUCAGUAGUCUCCGGGGGAGAAAGGACAGCACAAGAUUUGAGUUCAGAGGAAGACGACGAUGACGAGGGUGAGGUAGAAGAAGAAGAAGCUGCCUCAAAAAACCCUCAGAGUUUUGAUGAAGGAAUGAAAGCCGUGGAAGAAGAAGAACCACUAUCUGUAGAAUUACCAAAAGCCGUAACAGAAGAAGAACAACCACUAUCCGUAGGAUUACCCAAAGCCGUAGAAAUAGAAGAACCACUAUCCGUAGAAUUACCAAAAGCCGUAGAAGAAGAAGAACCAAUAUACGUAGAAUUACCAAAAGAGCCGGAGAACGUAGAGCCUGCCUUGUUUGAUGAUGAUGACGAUGAUGACGAUAAGAGUGAGGGAAAAGUGGUCGGACAUGGGAACGCUUGGGAGGAAACAUUAAAACCAACGGAUGAGCCGAUACACCAUGAAACCGAAGCAAGUGCAAUAUCAGUGGAUCCGGUAUCACAAGAUGAAACUUCUGCCAUUCCGGAGGCUCGAAACUCCGUUAUUAAAACAACAGAUAAACUCUUUGAGCAGGAAGACAAGGAAGAUUCCAAAGAAUUAGAGGGCAAUAAUGAUAAUAACAGUAGCGAUGCAGUGGAGCACAGUGAGGAUUUAGACAAUGAAUUAAAAAAAAACAUAACAGGGACGAAUCAAGAAUUAGCUGGUACCGAAACUGAAACCCAUCCGGACUCGUUCACUGAAGAGAUGCAAUCAAAUAAUUUAGAUGUGAAAGAUCAUGAAAAGACGGUAGAUGACAGCCUACCUAAUCAUAUAAAUGACCAUUUAAAGAAGGAUUUAGAGAGUAAUAAUAGUCCAACAGAAUUAUCUGUGGAGGAACAGGAGAUUAUUGAGAAACAUCUUACAGAAGAUUGGAAGGAUGAAACCGAGAAAGAGAUAGAGGAACGGAAAGAGGAGGAGGAGAAAGAAGAAUUACUUGAAGAUGAAAAUGCACAUUCUUUCUCACAAUCGGACAACACGGAGUCUGACGAACCUUCACCUGAAACAGCUCUGCCCACCGUGUCAACUCCAGAGCCAGAAUACAGCGACAGCGUGAUGAGACUGUCUCUGCUAAGAGACCACUUCACAGAGGAGGACAUGGAGCGGAUCCAAAAGCUACUGGGUCUCAGGAAUCUCUUCAAAGUGGAGGCCAUGUUCUCUGACUUGGACACAGAAUUGCAGGCUACCUGGCUCUCAAACCAAGGUACCACGCAAGAUGUGGAAAGUGCACUGGAGGGCAUCCUGGAAGCCUCUGAGAACCCCAUCCUGGAUCAGAUUGAGAAGAUGCUGGAUAGCCGAGACACAAAGCACAGUUAUGACCAACACAUGGACACGAGUAGUUUGGAUGAGGAAGCUGAACUACUGGAUGACUUCCAGGAGCUCGCAUUCCGCCUACGGCAGAAGUAUUCAGCAGCCAGUGACAGCACGCCGUUGGCAGUAGAAAAAGCCUCAGAUAUUGACCAAGAUGAACACAAAUUAAAUGUAAAUGGUGACACAUCCCACAUUGUUGCAGAAGACAAGGUUGACAGCAUUCCUGAACCUGAGAGUGAUGACAACCUCACAGUAACCAAUCAUGAGGAAAAGCCAGCAGAGACUGAAGAAGAGCAGAUAGUUUUGGAUGAGGUGCACAGUGGACCGCACGUCAGUGUGGGCGAGGAUGGCGGACACUUUAAUAAAAACAAAGACAAUCAGAUGAGCUUCAGUGCAUCAGAUGAGAUGCAGAAGGUCCCUCAAGCCACCCUGGAAAAUCCCUUAGACAUGGGCCUUGGUGUCGAGGUUGAGCACCCGCCCUCAGGAUCUUUGGACCCCAUGGAACUAGUGUCUGAAAUUCAUGAAGAAAAAGAAGAAGAAAAAGUAGAAGCGGGAUUAUUUUCAAUGGGGAUUGUUUACAUGGGCAGCAUCCUUUCGAUGAUGAAGACUAAAAUUGCAGAGUGGACUAUUGAGGUGAUUUCAUUACUGCCAGAAGAGUGGAAGCCAGGAGAAACUUUGUUUGGUUGUCCGUGGGAAGCUAUUGUCAUCACUGCUUUGGUUGGAGUAGUCACCUUCACCCUCUUCUUCUGGAGGACUGUGUUGGCGGUAAAGAAAAGAGAAUACCUCGUGGAUGAAAAAAAGCUGAAAGAGCAAAUUCUGGUGCUCAAAAAAGAAAAGAAUGAUGUUCUCGCUAAAAUGUCGGAACUCCAGAAACAGACUGAACACCUAAAAGAAAAUCAGAAACAGUCAAAAGAAACUGUUAGUUCUACAAUGAAAAGGAUGCAAAACCUGGAGAGUAAAGUUUUGGAGGCAGAAACACGGAAUAAACAGAUGGCUGAGGAAAAGAGCAAAUAUGCAAAACUACUUGAAGACGAGAAGGCAAACUCUCUUCAAAAUGGCACCAGGAUUGAGAAGUUGGAGAAGUCAAACCAGAAGCUACAGCUCAGCAGGAAAAGUAUUCAGGACGCUCUCGCUAAGACUACUGUUCUCCUGGACGAGGCCAAGAUUCGUGAAGAUGCCCGCAAAGUUCAGCACAAAUGUCUUCAGAAAGAUUAUUCAGCACUAAAGGAAGAAAAUAAAACGCUUAAGGCAACCAUUAAGAGCUGGGAGGACAAACACAAGAAUCUGAACGAGCAGAUUAAAGUCUAUCAAAAGUCCCAGAAAGAGCUGGAGGACUCGGUGGUGCUCAAAGAUCACAACGUGGAGGUGCUGUCCGAACUUCUGGCAGACCUAGACGCUUGUGAUUUACAGAAAGGUGACACCAAAGUUUUAGCCAAUGGUGAAGUAGCACCUGUGUCUUUUUCGGACAAGAAGACAGCUAUAAAGAACAGGAUCAAACAGAUGAUGGAUGUUUCACGGGUCCAGACCACUCUCACCGUGGUCGAAGAAGAGCGUGAUCGCUUCAUGACUAAACUGCUGAACGAAGAAAAGACGAGGAAGUCACUGGAAGAACAACACCAGGAGCUGGAGCAUGCAAUUGCAACCCUUAAAAGCGAUAAGAGCCAUGUUGAAAACCAGCUCAAGAUCCUCCAGCAGAAAAACGAAAUCAUGGUUGAAAUGUACCAGCAGAAGGAAAAUGCUUUGCAGCAGAAAUUAACCAAGGAAGAGUUGGAGCGACGCAGCAAAGAGAGUCAGCUUUCUGAGGUGGGAGGAAAAGCUGUGGAGGCCGAGGAGCAGGUUAAAGUCUUACGGCAACGCAUUAAUGAAAUGGAGGAGCAGAUGAAGAAGACCGAGGAAGUCUACAAAGAGCAGAUUAAAGAACAAGAAAACAAAACUCACUCAAACUGGGUGAAUGCUCGUAAUGCAGAGCGAGCUCUGAACCAAGAGAAGCUUGAAUCAUCAAAGCUCCGUGAAAAACUGGCUGUACUUAGCUCCCAGCUUAACGAGCGCCGCGCUCCUCUCUUCAGGCCCAACUCUGGACAACCUACAGGCCUUCGACAAGGUGAUUCAUACGGGACCUCUCCUGUGAGUGGGGGUGCACCCUCCCCUCCAAUAAUGAUAGAGGGUCCCAGGCGCCCUCCUUCUGCCCCAGUUGGGCGAAGAAUUGACCCGUAUGGUCCUCGACCUCCGUCAGACCCACAUGGUCGUUACCUUGAAAACAAACCCAUCGCUGGGAUGGACAUGAUGGGCCCCCGGAGCUCAUCACCCGCGAACAUGGAUGGAUCUACACAAGCAGUAGAGCCACAAAUAAAAGCAGAGGCACAGGCUGAGGCCUCCACAGACAGUCCAGAGCCAGGACCUGGAUCCUUCCUAGCAUCUCCAAUCAGGGACUCACCAGGCUCCAUGGUCCAAGGACCUCCCCUUGGCCCUGGACCCCAUGAGCAGCUCCUCCCCCCUGGACCCCAUGGCCGCCUGCCACCUCCUGGGCCUUACAGACCUCCACGACCUGGCCUCUACCACCUCCCCCCGGGUCCUCGUGGUCCUCCUCUUCAUCACGGGCCUCCACUACCAGCCAACGGGCACCCAGGUAUGCCAAUUCCUGGACCAAUGGGAGGAGAGUUUGGACCUCGUCCCGUCAACGGACACGCAUUUCACCCCAGGCCCGUCCCUGGACAUGUCAUUGAUCCUCGGGGUCCCCCACCACCACACUUCCGUCCCCCUCCACCUCAUCACUUUGGACCGAUGCCUCCGCCACAUGGUGUCCGUGGACCUAUGGGACCACGUCCCCCCGUCCCUCCUGACAUGCGCUACCCAGGACCGCGUGACCACACCAGCCCCCCAAUGUACCUGCCUCAAGGCGUCCCUCCCCAUCCGUCACAUGGUGAUGCAUAUGGUCACUCUCCACCCGAUGCUCUCCAGAACUCUCACACCGGCCCCGGACUGGACCUGCAUGUGAAGCAGGAGACCCCUCAGGACUCAGCAAGGCCAGCAAUGGUCAAGCCUUAAAGACGCCACCAGCUAUGGCAGGGGACUUGAAUUUACCCAGAACAUUAACAACCCAGAUCCAGUCCAAACAAAGGUCAUGAUUAUUUUUUCAGUUCUAAAAUAAAAGCUGCAAUGGUGUUUGUUAAAGAAAACAUGGUCCUUAAAUUAAAGUAUUAAUAAUUAUGUAUCCAAAAUCAAGAAGUUGAGAGGGUUGCCACUUUUUUAAAAACAUUUAUUGUGCAAUAAUUCAUUAUAUGCCGAGGAUUUUCAUUUUUGUUCUUUUAAAAAAUAUAUACAGUACAUAGCAAUGAUUUUUAAGGGGCAAUUUUUUAAAUGUCAUUUCCUGUGGAAAUUAUUUUGAAAAAGGGGGGAGUUUAGCUUCUAGCAUUUCAGGAAUAAAAUAAUUUCCCAAAGCUGUUGCUUUUAGAGUUGACGGUAAAGCAAAUGUGUAAUUUGAUGGUCAGAUGUAUAAGUUAUUUUACUAUGUUGGUAGAACUUUUAAUAAUAAAGAAUGUAAAAGCU